AUGGCUGGAUUGACAGAGGCUGUCAUCUCUGAUUGCCACGUUUUCUUUCGCUCAGCAACCCGAGCUGUCUUCACCGACGUGACCCUGUACUCGCCCGACUCCAACCUGUUCUCCAUCGUGACCCUGCUGGUGGAGUUCACGGCUAUCGGGGCCGGCUUCCCCCGCUGGGAGGUCCACACGGUCCGCCUCUACCGCUUCCACGGCGGCUGGGAGGUCUGGAUGGCGCUCCUCUACAUUUCUGCGCUCGCCGUGUUCACCUUGGUCUUUGCAAUCAAAGAAGGACGGAAGGCCUACAACAGCGGAGCCCUGUACAUCAUGGACUUCUGGAACUGGGUGGAACUGAUCAUCAUCCUGCAGGCCCUGGCGGGAGUCGCCACCUUCUUCUACUCUGAGGCCGGUCUGGAAGACGUAGCCAGUAAAAUGGAAAAUAACACAGCGGCAAGCUUUGGUGAGAACUCUGGUCUCUCGGGACGGUUCGUGAACUACAGACGCGCGGCCGUCUGGGACCAGGUCUACACUUACGUCAUCGCCACCCUGCUGUGCAGCGUCACUCUCAAGAUGACGCACCUGCUGCGCUUCAACCAUCGCGCGUCUCUCCUCAUCCACACCCUCAAGCGCAGCGUCGGGCCGCUCUCAGGCUUUUCCGCCAUGUUCUUCCUCUACUUCUUCGCCUUCGCCAUUCUGCUCCAUCUGACGUUUGGUCUGCGCAUGCUCUCCUACAGUUCCUUUGCUCGGACAUUCGAGGCGAUGGUGACCAUCAUAGCUGGUGACAUCAACUAUGACGAAAUCUCUUCUACUACUGGCAAUCUGGGAACUUUCAUUCUGUUUCUGUUUGUUUUCGUCUUUAACAUCUGUCUGAUUGGUUUCUUUGUGGCCAUCAUUGACGAGUCUUAUCAUAGCGCAAAGGACGAUGAACAGUUAGAGAAAACUGACUACGACCUGAAAGGGUUUUUCAAAUAUCAACUGCAAAAACUGAAGCCAAAGAAGAAGGCAAGGAAGGAUGAUUCUGAGAACAUGUCGUCCAUAUCCGGACCCGGUUAUGAUGAGUUUAAGGUUAACGUGAUGAGGAGGUUAAGUACAGUUUUUGAUGACUUAGAUGAAAGAUAAAAUGAAUAAGAGAUGAUGCAAUACACCUUAGUCAGCUUACAGAUGUACAGAGACUAAAAAAGACUGUCAUUCUCGUAUAUGAUGCUACGCCAUAGCUAAAAACUGCAGGGCUGACACGAAUAAGUAUUUUACCAUGGUUAAUAUUGACUGUAUAGAUGAAAGAUAAAAUGUCAAUUUUGAUCCGAAGUAAAAAUUCAAAAACAUCCUGAUCAUAAUUUUCUCUGUAUCAGUAACCUAGUCUUUUGAUCAUACUAUGAAUUGGCCAGCAACAAUAUUACCAUUAUGAUGUUGAUUUUCAAAUGUAUCUCUAGAUCAUCAUACCAAAUGUUUGAAAAUGAGAACUAAAGAUGAAAAAAAAUGAAGUCCUUGCUGUCGAGAAGUUACGAGCAUAAUAUGAAAAAACAAGAGAUCUAAUUGUAUUGUUUGAAAAGAAAGGGAGACGAAAGACGUCUAUGGUAGAGCACAGCACUUCGUCCUUUCGCCUUGUCCAGUAUCCCACUAGAACAUUUAACAGCAGUAUGAAAAUAAUAUCAGCAUAACGACUAGCGUUCGAAGCAGAACUGUAGAAUUAUCUAAAUAACCUUUUUUUAGAUCUUAUUAGCUUAUGUUAUGGUUAAGAUGCAUGAUGUGUGACAAUAAUUAUGUAUAAUUACAGUUACAGGAUAUCAUUGUAAGAAUAUGUUAUUGGUAAGUUAAGGUAGUCUCACAUAUUUUAUUGUACUGUAAGGACUUCAUUUCAGUAUGGUAUGGCAAAGAAUGACAGCUUUGAUUUAGAGAUUGC